CCAAACCGUGGACCCAACGACUUGUCAAUACGUGCUAACAGCCCAUUCGACCACUCUCUCAACUCCCACAAUGACACCCAAGUCUCAACCUUAAUUUUGUGAAUCUCGUCCCUCCUUCAUCCACAACCACAUUUAACUAGAGAGUAGAGAUAAUCGUGUCUCCAUAUGACAUUAUGUUAAUGUUUAUGACGCUAUGGUGCAAGUUGUGAUGCUUUUACUUUGUAUCUUUGUUAUGUACUAAGAUUUAUGGUAUCAAAAUUAUUCAUGCAUGUUAGGAUUAAUGUUUUAAGGCAAAUAACAAUUAUUUUUCAUGGUUAUUGGUUCAAUUUUUUGUGUGGUUGACUAAACAAAUUAUUCAUUUUUCGUUGAGUGUGGUCUAUCUGAACAAGACCAGACCGAACCAGACCGCACAGACGUGGUCUGGACCAGACCGUAUAAUCUAUGGUAUGUUCUGUGUGUCUAUACUUCAAACUCUCGGUCUGGUCUGGACCAGACCGCACCGUUUCCGAGCCCUACACCCAACGCUUCCAAGUUCCUACAUUGUCUUUGGACCGAUGGAACCACCAGACUUUCAAGUGAAAUAAUGAAGACUCAUCAAUGGCUGAAAGCCCACAUUACAUCAUUCAAAAACCUUUUCUAAAACCAUUGGCCCGAAUCAAAGACCCAAAUAUGACUGGCCCGCAUCAUAGUUAUGCAUUUGUUUUUGUUUUUUGACACUACUCACUCGAGCCGUUGGGUGAGGCGCGCCAGCCAUCCAGCCACAGCCUCUAUAUAAAUAGGUAGCAAAAAAAAGCCACUUCAUCUCUCUCCUGCUUCCAAUCCUUCCCAACCCACUGAAGAAGCAGAAAUCUCGCUGCUUUGCUCCCGAUUCCCCGAUCCACUGCCCUUCGUUUCAAGUCCUUGUGUGUUCUCCGGUAAGUACGUUCGGAAAUUCCAUGUGGGUUUUGAGCUAAUUUUGAUGUGCUCUUCACGUUGUUCGAGUUCUCCUCUAAUCGAAUUGAUGAAUGAAUGGGAGGGUUUCUGUUAGGUGGAAUUUAGAAUUGUUGGGGGGGGGGGGGGGGGGGGGGGGGGGGGGGGAUAUGAUUCUUUCAAGAGGGUUUUGGAGAUCACCCUCCAAUUUAAGCUCUUCUAGCGUUUGUGCUUUUGAUCUAGGGUUUGGAAGGAGGAGUGUAGAGUAAACUGAGUAAGGAAACAACGACCGAUUCCCGCGGCUACAAAAUUUCAGGCGAUGCUGGUUGCUGAGGAUUUCGAAUGCAACAUCUGCUUCGAGUUAGCUCAGGAUCCAAUUGUGACCCUCUGUGGCCAUCUCUACUGCUGGCCAUGUCUCUACAGGUGGCUUCACCACCACUCCAACUCCCAAGAGUGCCCUGUUUGUAAGGCUCUAAUUCAGGAAGAGAAGUUGGUCCCUCUCUACGGUAGAGGCAAAACGCAGGCCGACGAUCCUCGCUCCAGAUCGUAUCCAGGCAUCACUGACACCCCUCCAAGGCCAGCCGGGCAGAGGCCGGAGACCGCCCCACCUCCUGCACCAGACAAUGCUUUCCGCAACUUUGGGUUUGGACCAUUGGGAGGGGGAGGGUUUGCUCCGAUGGCAACUGGAAGGAUCGGAAACUUCAUGUGGUCAGGUGGAUUUGGUUUCGGUGGAUUUUCUCUGUUUCCAUCAUUGUUCAAUAUCCAGUUCCACGGGUUCCACGAUGCUGCUGCCUAUGGAACUGCUCCUGGUUUCCAUCAUGGUUUCCAUAACUUCCAUGGUGGCCAUGCCAAUUGGUUUGCACCACCGAGGAAUCGACAGAACCAGACUGAUAAUGCUUUGAAGAACCUGCUUCUGCUGAUUGGUUUCUUCGUACUUGUCACGGUUGUGUUUGGGUUGCACUAAGCUACGGAGUUAUUUUUUAUCAGUUACUACGCGUUGGAAGGUUGAUGCCAUUUUCUGUAGAUAUUUGGCUAGUGCAGCAGUGAUGAGCAUCGGUGUUGAUUGUUCAGCUUGUUGUUAGUUCAUCGAGAAUAAUGUACCGAGUAGCAAGCUGCUAGUAGUACCACUUGUGGAUUCUUAAGAGUAAGCAAGUUGUCGCGCGCGCGUGUGUGUGAAGCGAGGUGUGUCAACUGUCAAGUACUUGUUCCAUUCUAAUGGUUUCUGUGCUUUUGAUGCAAUGUGUAUCUUGUUCUGAAGCUCUGCAGAUUCAAACCAGUGGUCCUUUUAGAUUGAGGUUGCGGUUGCUGCUGAAGUCUAUCACUUCUUGCUUGAUGAAGCAAGUGGGAAUGGGAUGGCUUUCGAGUGAGUAGUCCUUGUCCAGCGUUGCUAUUAGCCUAUUAUCACCAGUUUACAGUGUUCAAUAUGGGCUUCGUCUACUGUAUUAUCAUGGCCCAUGGACCCAUUGGCUCGUUACUUGCCGAACUCGUAGUGUGGCCCAUUCCCAUUCUGACUUGCACUAAUAACUCUACCAAUCCUAGACAAACAAGGAUUGACCCUUAGCUUUGUAAAAGUUAUGUUUUGCAUAGGGCACCAUCAAAGUCGAACGAAUUCUUGUGUUAUUCUCCAUGAGAUACAACGUCAUAUUGAUUCUUCCACAAAUUUUCUAUCUAUAAUGUUUGAGUCGUUCCCAAAUUUCAUAUUAAUUAUACCACGAAAUUUCUGUCUAUUAGUUUCUUAAGCACAAAUCAUUUUCAAAUCAUUCCGACGCGAUCCAUAAUGACGAAAUUUUUUGGGCUUUUUCGUUUCAUAACUUGAGUUUUUGGAGUGUCCCGUCGAGGUUGCAUUUUGUCAAAAAGCUACAUGACUGGUGGGACGUCGUUUUUGGAUGCUCAUCACCGCUGCAAACCAAGACAGUGAAAGCAAUCACCGUUUUGGACCACAACGGUGAUAGUAUCAUCGCUUUAGACCAAAACAGUGAUGCUAUCACUGUCUUGGACAAAAGCGAUGAUCCUUUCACCGUUUUGGACCAAAACGGUGAUUGCAUCACUGUCUUGGUCAAAAGCGAUGAAAGCAUCAUCGCUUUAUACCAAAACGGUGAUGCAAUCACCGUUUUGGUUUAAAACGGUGAAAGGAGACCUUAUCACCGCUGAUGUGCAAAGCGAUGAUAUCAUCGCUGAUGUGUAAAGGGGUGAUAAUUGACACGUUUUACCGCCCUGGUAGGUGGAAAUUUGGUCACAGCUACCAAGCAAUCACCGCUGAGGACAAUGGC